GGGGCAGAAGAUCGUGAAAACUCGGAGAAAAUGUUGACUUGACAGAUAAGCCGAACUAACCUGAAACAUUCCCAAAUUACCUUUUCUCCAGGAUUUUUAAAUGUUAAAAACUAAAAAAAAAUAUCAAGCAAUUAAUAGACGCUUGAGCACAACCAGAUGUUGCUGUUUAUCACAAACGUAUUAAUUAUCACGAUAAUUAAGUAUUGAAGAAGAGGUAAUUAAUGUUGUUAUCGUGAAAACGAUUGAGUGAGACAUUCCUGGAGCCAACGAUGAAGGAGGAAAUGGAGAACAGUGGGAGCAACGAAUUAUCUGCGGUGAUAGGAGCCCUCCUCGACUCCCUCGAAGACCGCUCCCCGUCUGCCCAAACCUCAAUUCUCACAGCCCUCCACAGCAUCUCCCACCACUCGCCCUCCACCCUAAUCCAUGCCGCGGUGUACUUCCUGGAGCUUCACCGUAAGCUUCCUCCAGCGCACACCUCCGCAGUCCUUCGGACAAUGUCGGAAACCCUCCGCGAUUCCUCGUCCGCCCUUCCCGAGGAACUCGCGAACUCCGUGGCAGAGCUAUCAGUCUCUCACCUGGCCCAGGAGUCAGAGCAAGAGGCCUCCGAGCUCCUGGUCUCCUUGAGUCGCCUCCAUUGCACUCAGUCCAUGGGUGGCCUCCUCAUUAAAUUUCAACCGGGUCUGGUACCUUCCCCUCCCGUUAUACGCGCUAUGGGCCUUAUCGCCUCCUGCAAUCCCUUCGGCAUGGUUCCCUUCAUCAAGCUCACUCUCUCCAUAGUCCUUCCCCUCCUUCCACAGAUUCACGAGGACACCCACAAGUUCGCCUUCUGCUUUCUCCUCGGAAAAUUCGGGGAGGCCAUCAACGAUUACAUAAUGAAUCUUGAUGAGGCCCCGGAUCCCGCUAUUUCCAAGGACGUCUUCACCGAGGAGAUGUCCAAGUCCUUCGACGUGCUGACGAAUAAUUGGAUGAAGAUCUCGCGGAACAUAAAAAUUUUGGAGGCAGCUGUCAGCGCUCUCUGCCCCAUUUUAACGCUUCUCCCUGAAGAAAAUGGUGGACAGAGGGCCGCCAAACUCACGCCGAUGCUUUUACAACUCUGCAAAUACCCGAAUUGCCGGCUCCCAGUCACUCGGUGUCUCGCAAUAUUACUGAAUAAUACUCUGGAGGAGAGCAGAGAGCUCCUCAGACCCUUCCUCGAACAGCUCCAGACGAUUCUCUUCGAUCUUGUGAACGUCACGCCAUUCGAGGCAUUCAGAGACGCACUUCUAACUCACUACGAGGUCUUGCAGUGCUUCAGAAGUCUCGUAAUACUCUACCCUGAGGAGGGUCUCGACAGGAUUCUCCAGCACCUCAAGAACCCCUCGGGGAAUUAUCGCGCUCGAUCGCUAGUCGUCCUCCGACAUCUGAUCAAUACUCUGCCAGCGGACGAUGACGCAUCUCUUCAGAGAAUUGCGCUGAGUCUCCAGAAUUCCCUGAGCGAAGGCAAUGCCAAGCAGAUGGUGGGAGCUAUCGUAGCUCUAGCUGCUCAUCCAACUCUUCCUCUUCUUCCUUCCCAAAGAGCUGCCUUCAUCAAGUACAUAGUCCUCAGGUGUGGAAUCAGCAAUGAGGAGCCACAGGCAUACGAGGAGGCUCUGUUCCUCCUCGCAACGACUGUCGAGGGCGCGGAGAUUUGGUUGUGGUCAGCACUCCUUCGAUCCCUUCUGGACCCCACCUUUACAGCCUCCGCUGUUCCUAUCCUGCGAUCCUUGUCAGCUCUUGCCGUGAAGAUCAUCCGGGCGGAUACGGGGAACACCUUCAAGGAGUUCUCAGGGACGAAAAUCCUGGCGAAGUGUUUGGAGUUGUGUGGAGAAGAGAAGAAUCGGCUGGCCGUUGUGAUAUUCCUUCGAUCUUCCGCACCACUACUGGGACACCAGUUGAAGCCUGAAUGGGAUGGUCGGCUGCUGGACAUCUCGAGGCUCCUCGAGGACGAGGAGAAGCCCCAGAAUCAUCAAACCAAAUUGAUGAUUUGGGAAGAGCAGAUGGUGGAGUUUCUGGAGAAGUCUGUUGAACUGAAAGGAAACGACUGGGCGGUGCAAUUGUCCAAGGAGCUGAUGCUCGAGUGCUCGCCCAAAGUCGCACAAUACCUGGCGGCAGUUACAGACGACCCCGAGCACUUUACGAUGCUUAUCCAUUCGGCUAGGUCUCAUCCCUUCGUAGAUGAGUAUCCACGAUCGGUGGGAAUUGGGUCGAAACGACAUCUGGCCCUCAUUCUCUCCCUCAUGGAGGCGGCAUGUGAGGUCGAGGACUCGCGAAAGCAUCCGACACGCCUCCUAGGGCUCGUUCGCGACAGCAAAGCAGCAGCUUCAGCCGAAGCUUCGAAAGCUUCCCUUCUUCGAUGCUAUGCGGAGAUCUGCAAGCGAUCGGACUCGCAAAUUCUUUUCCCUCAUAUCGAACGUCAUAUUCUCCCGUGGGUGGUCAAGCAUCUGAACGAUUCUCGAGAGACCACCACGAAGGAGGCGGGGUUGAUCACUCUGGAGCAGAUCGGUGGGGCAGUUCAUCCGAAUCGGCUUGCCAACUCCACAGGAUUGAAAGCUAGAGCUAGCUGUCUAGCUUCUCUUCUCAAUCAUCUGCAAUCUCACAGUGGCUAUCGACCCCUGCAGCUGUAUCCGAACAUCCUCAACGCUAUGCUCUCCCUCCUGCGGGUGCCACCAGCUCUCACCCCCGAGGAGCGAUCAGUACUCCUGGGGACAGUCCUGGAUAAGGUGAUAGGCGCCAGUUCCGAAGUCGAUCUCAUCCUUCAGGUGGACGGGAUACAGAGGGUCGUCGAUGGAUUGGGUAUCAUUUGUGGCGAGGUCAUCGGCGACUCAGCUGAUGCCCUCGCGGAGCUUGUGGAUGUCCUCAUCCCCUGGAUGCAAUCGAAAGCGGCUGUCGAGAGACGGACAACUUUGAUUGUCCUGCGGUAUAGCUUGCGCUCGUAUCACGAUGCGUUGAAGUACACCUAUCCCGGUGGGAAGCUAGAACCUGGACGGCUGCUUGGGAGAAUCCUGUCUUGGUCGGCAGAUAGCGAAAGGGCCCUCAGGCCCGCCGUAGUGGAUUGCGUUGCGCUGGCCCUUGGCAUCAACGCCAGACAUCGAUCCACUAUACCUGACAACAAUCUUACCCAAGAUUUGAGCGACUCGAAGAAGAUCCUCCUUUCAGACGACACGAAUACUCUCUACGAAGGGGUGAAGGCUCUAGCCACGGCAGCUUGCGAGCGAAUUUCAUCUGGAGAAGUUCCCAGUCUCGCUGAGGGCCUUAUCGAGGGUCUCCUCUUCCGAGGGGACAGCGUGGCUGCUGGCGUGUCUCUCAUUCAACUGUUCAAGAUUCGCGGUGCGGACAUACCUCGCUCGGAUUUGUACCUCGUCGACAACAUCAUCACCCAAAUGAGGCAGAUGGAGAAUUCCAGCUGCCGCCAGACGUCAGCAGAAGCGAUCAAAGUCUUGACGAUUCAUCAUCCGGAAGAAGUCCUCGAGCAUCUGCUGCAUCAACCGCUCCCCCUGGACCGGGGCACCGAGGAGUGCUGGAGAAGACUUGGAAGUGAUGAUUUUGGGCCCAGGACCUUGGACUUCCUGUUGAACCGCCUGGAGAAUAAUCAGCUCCUGGCCGAAUCGGCCGUCAACAAGGAGGGAAAGCAGUCAACGAUGGCAUCUACCGCUGCUUUCCCGGCCUUGGCAGCCAUCGUGGCGCUGCGCCAUCUCCUCCAGAGCUCCAAUGCUGAAGAGCUCAUUGAGAAACGACUCGCAGAGCUUCUGGCAAUCCUUUUGCGGUAUCUUGCCGGAUGGCUGCACGUGGACGCCCCGAUUUCCGUUGUCUCGACGAAAUUCGGAUUCGUGCCAAACAGGGAGGCUUGCAGGCUUGAUCCUCAUGGUGAGGUCUACUCUGUCCUCACUAAUGUCCUGACUGUUGUGAAUAUUCAUGUGGCGUCUAGCCUUCUGAAUGAGGUCUCCACUGCGUCCGAGAGUCAGGCGGAUGAGAACCUCGUAUCGACUGUUAGAUCGGUCAUUCGGUGCCUUGGCAGCAAAAAUGAAGUCCUCGUGAAUGUCGCCCAGACCUUGGGCAAGAUGAUCACCAGCCAGAUUCCCGCCCAGAGGGCAGUUGCUGUGGCGUUCUACGCGGAACUGAUCGGGAGGGUGGAUUGCGGGGAGGUCUGGAUGGAUGCGAUCAUCAAUACUCUUCAUGAGGCCAAGGCAGACUCUUGUGGGCUGGUGCGCAAGCUUGCGACCAUUGGAUUGACUAGAAUCGCUUACCUGGAGCCGAGACAAGUGGACGAGUACUUCGAGAACUGCACUGGAGCCCUCCUGGACGGUCUGGAGGAACCGUCGUCGGGGGAUGGAGCCUCUGACGUGGUCCUGGAAUCACUCAGAGGGCUCUCUCUCCUCCUCUCCUUGAAAACUGAGAAACCGGUGAGUCCUAGAGUAGUUCUAGCCCUAAAACCCUUUGUUGAGAAGGAUAACUGGGAAAUGAGGCUGGCAGCUAUCUCAGCUCUCGGGGCAUUAGCUAGAGGGUGGAUCAAAUCCGUCAAGGGUCCUGACGACGAUGUCAGCGAUCAUCUCCUGGGCUGUCUACCCUGUCUCACCAUCAAGAUCGGGGAUAAUAACUCUCUGGUGGCUAAGGCCGCCAGGGAGACCCUCUUCGAGGCUGCCAAUCUCCUCCAAAAUGACAGCUUGAGUCAGGUCUUGAGGAGUCAUGUGGCUCCUGGUGUUGCACUGAAUGUUGAGGGCUUUCUCAAGGAUUUAGUCGUGUGUUUGAUAAAGGAACUGCCUCAGAGGGCAGAGGAACUCAGAAAUGCUGUGGCCAGGGGGUAUUCUAGGUCAGAGGUUGCAUCCACCAGGGCCACUGCUGUUAUCGUCCUGGGGUUGUUUGGAACACCCAGGGCUGAGGAUGUCCAGAGAAUGCUCCAACUGUUGAGGGAUAAGGAGGGAGAGGUUAGGGCCAAGGCUGCUGAGGCACUAGCUGUGGCAUUCACUAGUUAGAUUCUGAGACGAUUUUUAGAGGCGGAAAGUUGAAAAAAAAAAUUGGAAAGAAUAAAAAAUCUUUUACUCGCGAAAUUGAAAUGAAAAAAAAGAAUAAUUGAGUCAAAAACGUUGUCGAUAAGCAGGCUUAGACGCUGCCAUAUUAGUUAUGUGAUAAUUUUAGCCGAUUGUAAAUCAAAGAGUCAAGAAAUUUUUGGGGACGAACUUUCAGCCACAUUUUAAUCAUUUUUUUCGGCUGCUGUCCUCUCUCAGAGAGGAUAUGAAAGAGGGGACGAGGUUUUUAUUGUUUUUUAUUGUCUUGUCCCACUACACCAAUAAUCAAACAAGUGAAAAAUAUUUUCAAGAAUUUUUUCAUGUUUUAAAUCAAACAAAGUUUUAUCAAUCUGACGAAUUAUUUAAGCUCCUUUUUUAUUAUAUUAUGUUAUAAAUAAUUAUGCCUACAAUAAGAGCAAUUUAAAUCCAAAUAAUCGGUUUUUCGAUAAUUAGACCUUGUUCUUAGCGCAAUGACAUUAAUAUAUGAUAACGUUAUCAAUUGUUACGAUUUGUAAAUAAUUUGGAGUGUCUUCAGGAUUCUAUAAAAAGUAUAGUGCAUCAAAAAUGGCGAUGGGUUGUAUUUUUCUAGAGAUAAAAGAAUAAAGACUGGAUUUUAAUAAUCAA